UUUAUUCCUAUCCAUUUAGAUGACCAAGAUGGCACUAAAACAGAACCUCAGUCUCCCACCAGCUGCUGUCAUAUAUUUGAGAAUCUGGGGCUGGAAGGGGAGGAUGUUGAGAUCAGGGUGGACUUUCCUGAUCUGAAGCUCGUCUACCACAAGACACAGUCCCGUGCUAACCGUCAAUCCAGACAACGAGUCGUGAAAGGAAAGAUCAAGGUGCGUGUGCUCACUCAAGGUCAUCAGGUGCAGACCAUUGAGGUUUACGUCGAGAGAACUCCCAAUGCCGCACUCCUGGUUGGAGAUAAAUGCGGCAGAGUGUACCUCAAGUCCCAGCCAGGACCCUACUUUCCAAAUAAGGUAAAGAAAAAAGGUUACGUUAGACGUCUACUUCAGGCUGGUGACUGUCACAAUUCGUCAAAUUGUUUCUGGGGGGUGCGGGGAGAGGGGAUCACGUCAAACAUAAUCAUCUGUAUGUUUUCUUGGCUUUCUUGUGUGAUAUUUGAUUUUUAUUGAUAUAGUUUCGAUACUUAAGCUCGUGACAAUAUUCCUGAGGCGACUCCGUAAGACCUGUUAAAUGAAACAGAAGGGCUAAAUGCGGUAAUUCAUGGUCUAGACUAAACAUGAUUACGCCUACUUUAUUGAGACGAGGGGGAGGUUGAUCAUUGAUUAAUCUUCCCUUUCCCAUUGCACAUGCACAUCUGUGUUGUUGUGGCAAGUUAGAUUUCGUACAAAGACAUAGGCAUCUGUAUCACGGGAAACGUAUGCUGGACACUGAUGUGACUUAAGUAUUAUUUUCGCCUGGCGCUCAAGUAAAUGCGUAUUCUGGCCUUGCAGUUGAUUCAGAGGUGAGUAAAUUGUGUUUGCUAAUCUUUAGAAAGUGUGGCGUGUCCUUGAUAGCGAUCAUUUUGUUCAAAGCUUUCCCGUCAGAGGUUUACGGUGCAAAGGUAACCUAAAGGUAAAGAGCGAGUUCUGAUCUCAAAAUUAUCAAGGGGUUAAGUUACAUGAGGAGAGGAGGAGGAGGGGGGGGGGCGAGGGGGGGGACUGGGAAGGGAGAGCCUAAGAAAAACAGAGAAUUCAGAGAGUUUUUAGUAGUGUUUGUCAUCGAGUAUGUGCCUAAACAUUUAGGCAGAUUUCGGACCUUCAAUAAAAGUAGAGGUAAUAACAGAGAAGAGUGCAAAUCGUUGUUUCUACAAAUCCUACCUUUCGCCCACCAGAUAUUGACAUACGUAUUAGAGAAAGAGGCUCAGAGGUCCACCGAGGCUAAACUCUUUCACUCAAAAAAGGGACUGUAGAAUAUCAAUUCGCUUAAAGAAGUCCUUGAAUCGCCAAUUUAAACCGAGAAAAGGCCUUCGUGCUUUCUCGCCUCUUAUGUAUUCGUAGACUCAAGUACUCCCGGCCCUCUGUUUUUUACAAAACUACUUCACAGGCCUGCUUAUCUGAACAUUCUCUCCACAGUAUUACUUCACGAUUGAUUUGGACUCUGUUUACGAGUCUCCAACGAGGCAUGGCGUUCCUGUGUACAAGCUGUCUACAGUGGACGCAGAGAGACGAAAUAACUUCCGUUUGGUGGUUGUGGUAGUACUAAUCGGUGAUCACCGCAGUAAGGAGUUCAUCAGUCGACCGUUUCGUCUGCGUAGUAAAACAAAUGGCAGGUUCAGAAGCUUGUCAUUAUAGAUCAUCUAGUUAUGUGCUAAUUUGUAAAUCUCUGGCUGUACUGAUAAUUUUAUGUGAAUUCUUCAAGAAAUUCAGGUGCUAUUGUAGCUCUCUGCCAUGAGCUGUAGGAUCGCAACCCCAGUAUACUUUGAAUUUCUUAAAGACUACAGCGAACAGUUGAUACCAAUUUUGUCAUUAACAAACCUUUUGGUUAAAAAUCAGAGUGCAGCCAGAGAUUUGUGGAUCACAUAAAAGUAUUAUCCGUCGAGAAACAAGUCUGUCUUACCGGUUUUCAUGAACUGGUUGAGGUGUACGUUAGAUAUUAUAUAUCGGCUUAUAUUAAGUUGCAAUGAGGUCCACAGAAAAUGAUUGAACUUUUCAUGUGCUUGUACCUGAAAAGUGAAAAGAACUCUAGUAAAUAUUCUGUCUAACAAAAUCAGAACUUCUCCAGAAUAACUACCGUCGUUUGAGUUACAUUGAAUCUCAUUCGACGUCAAGGUUUGCUCAGGCCUUGCUUCUACAAUAGGAAUGAAAAUAUUAAGGAGCUACUUUACGAUCGCAUUUUGCAUCUCGCAGAGAUACCAGAAACUAAAAGCAAGCCACAAAAAAACUACUCAUAAAGUUGAAAUCUCCAAAAGGGGAAAUGUGAUAAAUUUAAAAGGACCAGAGAUGACACUGAAAGGAUGGAAGAGAUUAAAAUGAAUUGUGAACUAAAAAAUUGAAGAAUGCAGACUUAAGUUUUCAAGGAGCAGAUAUUGUGACCUCUCUUCGGGGAAAGUGCGAGAUUGGAAAGAAGUAUUUCUGAGGCUGUGAACACUUGCUGUUCUUGAAGAUCAAAUUGAAUUGUAAUUUUAAGGUGCACAAAGUAUUAAUUAAUUAUCUCUUUCGAGGAGUAAACGAGAUCGCAAGGAAGUCGUUUUGAAGGUUGUGAACAUAUAUGCUACUUGAAUUAAGCAACAAGAUUCUCCUCUUCGAAUGUUUUAUUUGUGGUUUUUGACGUUCUUCCUAACGGUAUAGUUAGUUACUUGCGUAACUCUAUAGAGCAACAAAGAUUUUAAAAAAUUACGUAGUUACAGAGUAGGUAUUAGCACAUGGAAAGUUCGACAUUUAAGGAUCCAAUGCCUUUUUUCCAAAGACUACUGCUGUGCAGUGCAUUUUUGCGUCUAAUGAUUAACGAGCCAAGUUUGAUUUCUUUGGUGAUUAGUUGUUUGCAAUUUAGGACUAUGGAUUAAGAGUAACUAUCUUGUCAUUUUUUGAGGUCUAGUUAUGGAUAAUUUUUCCUCUCCCAAGACAUAAAGUUUUGGAAAAGUUUAGGUACUACCAUAUCAGUAAGCAACCUAUAUAGCAUAAACCUUUUAUAAUUAUUGAAAUGUUCUAGUGUAGCUUUGAUACCUGCUGAUCACUCCAGCUAUGCUCCUGUUAAGUCAUGAGUAAUCAUUAUAGUGUAGUUUUCCUGUAUCCAUUUAGAGCAAUUUUCAAUCGAGUGUCGAAAGGAGCACGGUAUUGCUAUGCUUUUACUUAACUUUGCUCUGUGAUUCGUACAAAAAACUUGGUCAUCCUCUCAACUAAUCAGAUUCAAAGCUCAAAACAAUUGCAGCCUGGUAACUCGCGUGUUCCCGCGCUUCAAGCAAGUUUUCCAGUUUGAGUUCUCAUUGGCUUAGUACUUUGGAAACCUUUGUUCUGAUUGGUCCCUGGGACUGCUAUAGUUUUAGUUUUUCGACGUUCCACUUAAAACUGCUCUAAUUACGUUAUUAGGAUCAAGUAUUUUACGCGCUUCGUAUGCGAAACAGAUAAUUGUCUAGCAAUAAUACCCCAUGCAUAUUUCAUGGUCUUUUGCCUUCAGCUUCAAUAGGAUUACAAUCACUUAAUUGAACUGUGGAAGGACGUUAUGCGAGCGAUGUCAAUUUCUAGACUCUUCACGCCCUUUUCUAAAGAAAAUGCUUGUUUUUUACUUUUUGCCAAAUAAAAUCUUUUAAAUUUUAUUUCUUUCACUAUCUGUUCUGAUUUAGCACCGCGUUACUGAUUACUUUGCUCUCAAGCUCCGUACUCUUACCUCUCGAAAAGAAUGAGGUUCAGCCGUAACUAACAGUGCGGACGGAGGAAACGAGGCUAGGCG